UCUUGUUCAUCGCAAAUCAAGGCUGUCUUGCCCUUUUAAGAUUGUUUGUUCCGCCAUCAACUUUCUCAAACCCAAAAGGAAUGGAGCACCAUGGCUAUAGAAACAUAAAUGGUAUGAUUCCUGGUGGUAUUCUACAUCAGGGUCAUGGUGGAAAUCAACCUAGGAUGAUCAUGACUGCCCAAGAUGCUCAUGUGAUAGAUCACCACUUUAUUUUGAAUCAACAUAACAUCAAUCCGGUUUUCGACAUUGAUGCUACCAGACGACGAUAUAAUACCUCCUCCUCCUCGGCUUAUGCUUAUAAUGUCCAGGAUGGCCAUUUUGUUUUUGAUGAAAACAGCCAUCAGGUGAACCACCAAGUUCAACCUAGGGUGAGUACUAGAAACGUCUCGUCGGCUUAUGCUUAUUAUGUACAAGAUGGGCUCUUCAUUCUUGAUGAAAACAUCAGUCAAGUGAACCAACAAGUUCCGACAAGAAGAGACAUUGGAGUUUAUGCCAAUCUUGAGAAAAUCACAAUUCAACAAGUACCAACGGAUUCUGAAGCUUUGACAUGUUCCAUAUGUCUCGUGGACUUUUCAGUUGGGUUGGAAGCCAUUCGAUUGCCGUGUUUGCAUCUAUAUCACAAAGAUUGUAUUUUUGAGUGGUUAGAUAGAUCUAGCACGUGUCCAAUGUGCCGUAGGCCUGUUUUGUCACUUUAGUGAUAUUUUUCAUUUAUCCUUGUUGACUACUAUUAGUUAACUCUCUUAACUCUUAGUUCAUGUAA